UUUUCCAUUGCAUACACAUCACCUCCACUCUCAGCAUGACGAGCUGUUUUUAUUUGACGCCAACUGUACAUGAUUGUCAUAAUAAUAUUAUUUCUUCUUUUCUGUAGUCAAAUUACUUGUAAUAAAUAUUGUAGUAGGAAACGAGAUGAAUCACUGUACAAAUUACAAAACUCUUGCGACGCGUUCGCAAUGACAUGGAACCAAGCCCCAAGGUCCCAGUGCUAGCGGAGUCGUGCCGCUCACUUGACGUAUUACAAGUUUUUUUUAUUAUAAUAUUUUUGUGAAUGUGAUUAUCGCACUUGGGUGUCAAUUAUUCGCCAUACAAUCGUAAGUAGCUUCAAUAUAUAUUAUGUCUAAGAAAGUCUCAGAAGAACAAUCAAAAUGUGUUCAGCAAUUAAGAGAGUGGGUAAACAAACAGCCGCAUCUUCCAAAAGAUAUAGAUGACAAACUUCUACUGCGUUUCGCCCACAGCUGUUACUACGAUAUAGAGAAAGCGAAGGCUACCUUAAAUUUGUUUUUCUCAGUGAGAUCAAAUUGCACUGAUUUAUUGACCAAUCGUGACCCUUUGUCUCCACAUAUGCAGAAGAUUCUCAAAAUCAUAAAUCUCGGAACCUACACAACAUCGGAUAACAGAUGCCUAUUCGUGUAUCAAAUAAAUGAUCCAGGUCUUGAAAACUAUGACUAUACCCUGGAUACGAAGCUUUUCUUUCUAAGCACGGACGCGAGAUUCCUGGACAGCGACGUACUCCAUGAGGCUGACAUAGUGCUCAUGGACGUCAGAGAUGUGACCCUCAGGUUUCUUACGAAGAUGAAUAUCUCCGUUGCUAGGAGAUUGUCUAAAUAUCAGGAGGAUGCGAUCCCGAUUAGAUUAAAGCAGGUGCACGUGAUCAACGCACCGCCAUUUAUAGACAAAAUAUACGGAGUUCUGAAGCCUUUCAUGAAGAAAGAGGUUACUGAACUGAUACAUUUCCAUCCGCCCAAAUCCGAGACCUUGUACAAAUACAUAAAGAAGGAAGACUUGCCUGAAGACUAUGGCGGCUCCCGACCCUCCAUGGCCGAAAUUACGGAGGACACUAUCCAACUUAUUAUGAGGCUGCGAGAGCAGUUAAUAGACGAAAACCUGUGGCGAGUUCCUGAAAAGAAUAAGACUGAUGCCUCUAUAGACGUUGGAUCAUUCCGAACACUUGCCAUAGAUUAAUGUUUCACUGUGUAUUUUUGUAGACAAUUUUUUUUUUUCAACCGACUUCAAAAAAAGAAAAUGUUCUCAAUUCGACUGUAUGUUGUUUUUUGUAUAUUAUGUUUGUUACUCGAUUACUCCGUCAAAUAUAAACCGAUUUUGAUAAU